AUGCCCCCGGAUAUAGAGGAGCUGCUGCAGCGGGAGGACAUCUGCUGGUCGGUGGAGCCGCAGCAGCAGCAGCACAAGCUUUACGAGCUCACGCUGCAGCUGCUGCAGCUGUGGGGUGUGAAGCAGCAGCAGCAACAGCAGCAGCAGCAGCAGCAGCAGCAGCAGCAGAGGUUGCAGCACUCGAACAGCAAGAGCAGCAGGAUAUCGCGGCGGCAGCAGCAGCAGCAGCCCCUCACCCCUGACUCUACCACUCAACAUCCUCAGCAGCAACAGCAGCAGCAGCAACAACAGCAGCAGCAAUUGCAGCACUCGAACAGCAAGAGCAGCAGGAUAUCGCGGCGGCAGCAGCAGCAGCAGCCCCUCACCCCCGACUCUACCACUCAACAUCCUCAGCAGCAACAGCAGCAGCAGCAACAGCAGCAGCAGCAGCAGCAGCAGCAGCAGCAGCAGCAGCAGCCUGAGCUGCAUCGGUUUGUGGUUUAUAUUCCUUUUGUAUUAAACAGAAGGUCUGUAGCUAACCACCCUCAUUUUCUUGCUUUUGGUAGCCGCAGCUGGAUGCUUGCUGCUGCUGCUCCGCUGCUGCGAGCUGUUGCUGCUGCUGCUGCUGGCAGCAAACAGCAGCUGCAGCAGCUCACCGUCAUGGAUACAGACAGCAGCUGGUGGCAUAAGUAA